CAAUGAUUUAUUUCCAUUGUCUUUGAAGUGAAGAGACAUCUCCUACUGUUCUAUGCACUGUCUAAGAAAGUAGGAGACUCACAUUGAGAGCAAGGGGCAGUCAAUGCUUUGAAGGCUGUCAUUUUCUGAAACUGAUGCCACUGAGCAGAAACGCAUGCUAAAGUGCUUGUCGCAAGUUAUAUGAUCCAAGCUAGACAUACAGAAUAACAAUACACACUCUACUUGAUUCUGUGCUAACUCUGUACAUUCCGAUCAGACAAGAACAAAUGGAUGUUUUAGAAGUCCGCAGCGACGAGAAAAAUGAUGAAAAUGAGCAUUUACUUAGCGAAACAAACAUCAACAGAGACAAGGAAGCAUUAAAGGGCAAACAGUUAAAAAAGAGCCUUGGUUUCUUGCAUGUAUUUGCUUGUGUAGUUGGAGUUUUUAUAGGGUCUGGUUUUUUCCUCUCUCCAAGUUUAGUCGCAGCCCAAACUGUGAACAUGGGAAUGGCACUGCUUGCCUGGGUGAUAGCAGGUUCAAUAUGCCUUUUUGCUAGUCUGUGCUGUUGCGAGCUAGCAGUUAUAUUCAGAAAUUCAGGAGGUUUGUUCUUCUUUAUCAAAAAAACGUACGGAGACAUUCCAGCGUUUCUCGUCAAUUGGACACAAGUUCUCAUAAUAAUACCUUGCGCUCUGGCUGUACUGUCAAUAACGGUUGCAGAACAUAUCAUAGAGCCUCUGUGCGCCCUUGAUAGUCAGCUGGGUGUCUGGUUGGUAAAGGCUGUUGCCAUAGUUUGCAUUUUGGUAGCAUUCCUGAUUAACUGUAUGACUGCAGAAUUUGUUGGAAGAGCCCAGAUCUAUUUGACUAUAUUUCAAGUAGCAGUAAUCGUGGUCUUGGUGGUGAUAGGCGGAUGGAGAGUAGCUAACGGUCAUGUGGAAAAUUAUUCUCGCAUGUUCUCAGAUACAGGACAGCAGAACCCAACCAAGUUUUUUCUUGCGUUAUACAAUGCACUGUGGUCCUUCGAAGGUUGGGGAACAUUUUUCAACAUGGCUGAGGAACAGAAAAAUUUGGAAAAGGAUUUGAAGCUAUCGCUUCUUACGGGAAUUCCAUUUAUGACAAUUUGCUAUAUUAUAUUAAACUUAGCCUUUAUGUCUACCUUAUCACAUAGUGAUAUUGCAAGUUCCCGGACACUUGUAAGCAAGUUUGUCAGCGUCGCAAUAGGAGAAAAGGGGGGCUUUGUAACUCCUAUCUUUGUAGCUUUGUCGGUGUUUGGAUCGUUUAAUGCUUUCUUGUUUACGUCAGCUAGAGCACUCAUGUCGGCCUCCAGAGAAGGACACUUUCCAGAGCCAUUAUCUUACAUCCAUCUCAAACGAAGAACCCCAAUACCAGCUUUACUGGCCCUCCUUUUAUUUGCUCUUACAUGGACCCUGUUACUCGGAAGUCAAAUCCAAGCACUUAUUACGUAUUUCACGUUUGCAGUUUGGUUUAUAUACGGUUUGGCCAUUUUCGCAGUGAUUGUUCUGCGUGUGAGAUUUCCAGAUACUCCUCGCCCUUACAAAACAUGGCUUGUGAAUCCAAUCAUAAUGUCUCUGGUAGCUUGCUGUCUGAUACUUAUGCAAUUAUACAACAGAUUCAUAGACAGUGUCAUUGCAGGUGGCGUUAUACUGGCUGGUAUGCCCAUGUAUGUUCUCUUUGUAUCGAAUCAGUACAAGAUGCCACUCUGCUUGAUGAAAGAAAGAGCAUACACCUUUGUUGCUGUUCAGUUCAAUUUAGUACCUUGCGUAUCUAGCGAGGACGACAUCGAUUAACAAAAACUUUUGCCAAUUGACAAAAGCUCAAACCGAAAGAUCUAGUGAUGGAUUUUUUUUAAUUUCGAUAUUUUGCGAUUGAUUUCUUUAGAUUUCAAUCCUUUGUUGAUUUCUUCAAAGUUUGCUUAUUUCUAAAAUGUUAAGUUAGUCAAAAUUUUCGUUUUGAGAGCAAGCAUAUGCUUUUAAAAAAGAACUACUUAUUUGAAAAGAACUAUUUGAAGAGAUAAAACCCACUACUUUUAAAUUUUUUUGUAUUCAUGCAUUGGAAAACUUUAUAGCGCUUUUAGAAGGCCGUCUGCUGAAUUUGAAAGUAGCGCCGUACAGUAUAUGUUAAGUUACAAAUAUAAUGCACCAGUUAAUCUUAUGGCCUCAUUUCGAAAAAUUCUUUAAAUUCUUCUUUUCAAAAGGUUUGACCUCAUUUUUGGCUUGAGAUCAAGGUUUUAGUCUACUUUGAAAUUUCCAUUAUGGUAUUGCUCACGAUGUUGAUUUUAUGACGACAUAAAGAUACAAAUUUUAUAAGGGAUUUGACCGUAAUUGGCAACUAGGGGGUGAAGUUUCCCCGGAAUGAUUCUACUUUUUAAACAUUCUUUCGAUACAUUAUAUUUUUUUUAUAAAGAGAUACUUUUGACAACAACAUCUGUUCGAUAAAUUUUGUUUGCAUUAUGGGGAUAUAUUUGGGUAAAAAAUAGGAGUUUGCAAGUUCAACAAAUUUGGAGUUUUUCUAUGCCUAUUCCUGGUUCUACUAGAUCCUCAGGAAGUUCUACUUGUUCAAGAAAUAAUCUAUAAUGCUUUUGAACCUAUUAACAAUAAAUAAACCUGUUUCCAAUACAAUGAAUUAAGCAGGAAAGCCAAAUUUCCCUUAUCGCUCUUUGCACAUUGUUCAAUUGAAAAUUUACUUAUUCUUCUGGCUUUCGAAAAAGUUAUUGCCUUACUGAGAAAAUGGUAGAAAUAUUAGUAAAAAUUGGAUAGUUAGUAUCCUAACUGCUGCGACAAUCUAUUUUUGGCCAAAGGUGAUUGUAUAAAACUGUUUGUGCAAAGAGCGAUCUAGCUUUUAUUAGAAUGAAUGCAUCAAUGUUUUUCAAAAUUUGUUCAAUGUCCCGAAUAAUUGUACUUGAACAAAGGAGCAUUAUCUCUGAUUUUAUGUUCUGUAUCGCAGAUAUUACACAAAAUAAUUCACGUUUCGUAAGAACACAACACCAUAUUCAGCAUGGUAAUAUUACG